CCUCCGAGGACUCAUCUCUUGCCUUGAUGCCAAUUUCACUGAAAAUUUAGAAGGCCGCAUCAGACGUGGGCUACUUGUUUACCAAAGACGUAAAUGACACUAGUCCUAGUGGCCGCGGCUAUAGAAGUGAAUAAGUCUGCACCAGAGUUGUUCUUUACGAGAUGAGAUGCACGACAUCACCAUGGAUUGACGCCACGCGAGGCAAAAUAUGAUGUCAAUGAAUCCGUCUCCUUCCGUGACACGCGUCGGCAGCGACUGAGAGGUGCAUGGACGGGCAAAGAGACGUCGGCUGGGAACAACUAGCGUAGUGGGAUCACGGUGCUACCUUUCUCGUUGCAUGAGCAGCGAGAGGAACGUCAUUCGAGGCCGACGUGAGUCGCUGACGGGUUGUUUUUUUGGGUCUUUACUUAUAAGACAAAUAUCGCGGACACGAACAACGAAGUGAAUCCUGUCGGUGUUGCCUCAAAAGAAGCAGAGCACAACAUGCAGCGCACACGACCUAUCGGGACCCGCCUGUACUGCAGCUAUACAAUCUUACAGAGUUAUUUUUUCGUGUAGAAAAUGAAUAUUCAACACAUUUUACUUUCAUGAUCUCCUUUCACUUUGUCUACUCAGCAGCACCUUCUUCACCCUACAGGUACGGCAUGGGUUUCGUGUGCACGGUGAGCGCGCUGAUAUUCACGAUAUACGGGAUUUUCGUCUUCGUUAUCGUUCUCCCGGAGAUGAAACUAGUGAUAAAACCUGGACAUUUUCAAUAUUUCAACGUGCCUGGUGACGGACAAGGCGACGGAACUGGCAGCGACUACGUCGAUCAGACAGCGCCUUCGGAUACCUACGCACCAGAGCGAAGAAGGGUUCUUGGUCCUGGUCAGAACGAUGAGAACAAAACGAAAGGCGUGAUAGAAGGAGGCACUAUAGUAGGAACAGUAGAUAACGCUGCAAUAAUAGAAACAGUAGAUGAUAACGCUGAAGACGCGAUAAUUAUAGGUAGUGGUCUACCAAGAAUAGCCGCUCAGAAUAGGGAGAAGAAGGAGAAGGAAGUGCGACACAACGAAGAUGCCGAGAGGAGUAGACGGAAUAGAAGUGACGCUGAAGUUGAAGUUCUCGUUGAUGGGGAAGAGGAGCAGACUUCUUCAAAUAGUCAUAGUGCAGCGGCGACGAGUAAAAAAAUAGAUCCAACAGUAGAUGAACCUGGUUUUGACGCAACAGGAGCAGUCACAUCCUCUAGGGAAAGAGUAGCGGCUCCAUCUGCCGCUGAGGACGCAAUAGAGAGAACCAUGGCAGCUAGGAAAGCGAAAAUAGUAGAGACUCUCGCGCACCGGCCAAUAAUAGGAGCUGGUUUAGCGAAAGUAGUAGAGACGUUGUGGCAUGGCCAUGCGAUACCAGCAGUAGAUGACGUGGCCAGUGAAGCAAGAAUAGACGAGGACUCGUCAGCCGCUCUUUCGCGAGAUAGAAAGGAGCACUCAGAGGACGACAUCGAUAGAAGCGAACAAGAACAAGAUGAGAGCAGAACAUCUUCAAGCCGUAGAACGUCGGAUGCUAUAGCGCGCACAUCUUCCUCUAGAAUAAAUAGACAACUUCAACCUGCACCACAACCUUCAAUUUUGUGGGGUCGAACGAGCGUCCACGACUACGAAAAGUUCUACUAUUUUAUGACAUCAGGAGGUCGUUCAGGAUUUCAUCAAAUCGCAUCCAUUGUGUAUGAUUUGUACUAAUAUGUUGAUGAUCUUCUACGACUCCUCCUCCACUACGGCAGCUGCCAAGGCGAACGUCAUGAUUCUUUCCUGCUCAUCAUCAACAUCAUUCUAAUAUCCACUACGUGUACGUCGGCGGCUUCUACGUGCUGGUGUUUUUUCACAUUAUCUUUAUGGCAACUACAAGGAUCCUCCUCCAUCUUCUACAUCUACUAGGUUCUUCUUUUAUUCCAAUCUACCCCAGCAAGCUCCUCCGCUGUAGAGAGUGGCCAUUCAUAUCACUGAAGGAGAAAAGCCGCUCAGAGGUUUUCUCUUUUCGAAAACUAAUAGUAGUUGCACUGACACGAAAGGUACUAGGAUCAAAAAAAUAUGAAUCUUUCUCUUUCGUCACCCGCUAAUUUGUUUAUCCUGGACUUGAUAGCCUUCUGGAACGCGAUACGGACGGAUCCAGGGAUGGUCCCAAGCAAUUGGGGUUUCUACAUGGGCGAAGAGACAAAGCGGCGACGAUAUUGCAAAAUGUGCAACGUGUGGAAACCUGAUAGGUACUGACCUAGAUUUGACAGCCUAAGUGUAAGUAUGAUCUCCAUGGUCAUCAUCAUGGUCUUCAUCCGAAAGAGCAUGCAUGACUACAAGUCGACCGACGGAGAGCGCCGCCCCACCACGGUCGAAGUGCCUGGCUUUGGGGGCUCCCGAGAUGCCUUGAGCUUGAAAAACACCGAAGCGGACCGCCCUGAGGAAACGGCCAGCGCGGACGCAUCCAUCGCAGGCGUGCCCUCGGACGUUGACCAGGUAAGUAGAUACCCUGACAAAGAAGAAGAGGCGCAACCGCAACCGCGGGGGGCCUAAGCAUGCAACCCAUCGCAGGACUCAGCGAAACUGCCAAAGGGGCGCCACGGUAUGUACUGCAGUGCGAGGCCCUAGCGGUUUGGGACCCUUGGAAGGAAGUGAGCCGCCUCCUGCGGAGCUUAUACGCGAAGCUUAAACUGAAAGCACCGGAGGCCGGGAAACUGCUCGGGGCCCGGGGUUCGAACCCAUUGAGAAAACGCGACGGGGUCAGCACUAAGCCGAAAGGGGUUACGCGGUACCUUGAGCCAAAGCGGGGAGCCGUUUCUGAGCUGGGCUGCUUGGGGUUAGGCGACAGGGCGCGAAGCCUAUAAAUAUGCGAAGGAAGCGCCGAGCAGACGCAACGCAGUACGCAGCGAGGGCGAAGGCGUUGGCUAUCGUGUAUGCUGGCAAUUUUGUGGGGCAGUCCAAUCGUUUUGGUGUUGAUCAAUCUACAUAGGGCGCCCGCGGUUAUUUUGCCAUAUCCGGCGGAGGGCUAACUUGCUGGGAGAAUUCUUUGCGCUCUCAUUCCACGGGCGGGUGACCGCGAAACUCGGCGGGCACGCCAAUGCCUUGGCUGGGUGCAUGUCUGCCGCCGAGUUUGUAGCGCAUCCAACCAUGCCAGCACGCUCUUACUUACAGACUUCCGGACCGCCCGCAAGCAGGCGGCGUGGAGGGGAGCGAGGAGGGUGCGCGGGAUCUGGAGAGAAAUGCAGGUGAAAGUUUUCUUACACAUAAAGCACAGGAUGGCGCCCCUUCAUCAUUGCAGCUCCUACCAUUAGCUAGAGGCCGCCCUCUCUGUCUGGUCGGGGUGUCUCUCUUGAUGUUAGAGUAGCUAUUUUCAUCAUCGCACUUUCCUCCUGCCUUGAUCUUCCUACAGGACACACCACUGCUCGAUAUGCGGUCGCUGCGUGUUGAAUAUGGACCAUCAUUGUCCAUGGAUCAACAACUGCGUCGGAUUCUACAAUCGCAAAUUUUUUAUGCUCUUUUAAGGCCAUCAGAAGAUGAAAGGAAAGUGACUCUCUUUAUACAGCAGUAGGUUGCAUAAGUAGUCUCGGCCUCAGUGAACUUCGACUUGCCGAACUACUCGUUUAAUCAGAGAGGAAAAUCACCAUGAUACUCUCUCUAACAAUCCGUGAUGUACGUCUGGACAUGUCUGCUAAUGGUUAUCGCAUACAGCGUGCCGAUCAUAAUGGACAAGGUAAUUCUGAUUUUAUGAUGUUGAUGUUCCUUUUAACGUCACUUAUGAUGUGCUAAAUGAGACCAGUAUUGAGAAUAGCUGGAGCAGUCUUGCAUUGUUCAAUUAACGGUAACUACCUCCAUAUUGUCAUUCGUCUGCUCGAGCAGGAGUAUGAUCCUUUUCUGAUAACCACUGACACAUUUAUCUUCUCAAUAGGUGUUCCAGUAUUGGUCACUCUUCGCGCCAGAUAGCGGUCCAGGCUUUGACGUGGGGGGCGGCACCCUCUAUGAUGUCUUCCAGCUUCGGCAUUUGGUAUUUUCUAUCGCUUGUUCGAUCGUUCCCGUGGACGAUUUUUAUCUUCACAGGAAAUAAAACACAAUGAAUCAGUUUUUACAUAUACACUCACUACAUCUACAUCAAAAAUGCUGCAAAUUUGAGGCCUCACAAGGCAUGAUUUCCUUUCAACUAGCACCAACUUCUACUUCAGUUCAUGUUCUUCGGAUGGGGUCUGGCUGCCUUACUCGGUGCAACGCUGACGAAUUUUAUGCGGUUUCACAUGCGCCUGAUAUCCGAGAAUUUCACAACUAUCGAAAACCUAGAAAGAGAAGAAGGCCAAAAAAGCAAGUAUGACUUGGGCGUAAGAAGAAAUUGGGAACAAGUAUUUGGGACUAACGUCUGGGCAUGGUGGAUUCCUUACCAUACGGCUUCAAGCAGACCUGUCGGUACUUGUUCUACUUACAACUAUGCUCUAACGUAAACAUUGGAGGUGGAGAUGUUGUUGCGCUGUCUUGUUUUAUCUUACGUCGUUGAGUCAGCUGAAAUAACAAAUUCUUCAUGAGCAAAUCUUAACUCAAACAAAGGCGACGGCGUCCGAUGGCGAGUGCACUACACGCGUGUAGUUGACGAGGACGAAGAGCUAAACGAGGAGGAAGCUGCACAGCAUAACAGACGGGGAUUCCUCCGAGGAUGAUGUAGUUACAACUAGGUCAUUUUUUAGACAUGAUUCAUGAUUCAAUGUGAGGAAAACAAACUCAAAAGCUCCAUUACAGGACGAUUCAGAUGCUGAACAAAGCUACUCAUUCGAAAAAUUAUCAAUAUCACUCUGGUCCAAGGAUUAGAGCAAGACUAGAGUUGUGCGCAUUCGACUCGACAUCAAUGGCAAUUGUGUUUCUGUCCAUUUUCAUGUCGAUCCAUAAAACGACUGACGAGGGUGCUUUUCCAAAGAUUGUUGUCACAACAAUUGAAAGACCUGUGGUCGAGGCGAAAAGUUGUUGCCACAUUCGUAGGUGGUCGACGGCAGCGACGUUAGGAG